GGCGGGGUGCUGCGGGACUUGGGGGCCGUGAGGGGGCCGCGCGGGGCGCAAGCCGUGAGGUGGAAGGCGCGGACGGCGCGGACGCUGGGCACGGAGUUGCUGGCCUGCGCUGCCUACCCCCCAGACAAGGCAUGUUGCCCGGGCCGCCUCGGCGGUGGGACGCGGCGAAAGAGCAGGCGCUCGAGGAACAUGGCCCCUCGGCCAGCAGUCACCCCGGGAAGGCCUCCUCGACCUCUGGAGAGGAAGCCCUGGGGGAGCCAGGAACUCCCCCACAGGACAGAUUCCCUGUGCCAGGCACCCUCGGCCCUGCCUGGGAAGUAUCGGGGGGAGGCUGUGACCGGUGCACCUCAGUACCUCCCACUCCCAGCCCUCAGCCCCUGUCCCGAAGGCCUGCCUGGACCCGGAGAGAGCAGCUGCUGCCCCGGCCCCCCCCAGCCCUGGCUGCGGAGCAUUCCCCGGAAACCCCAGCUGCCCUAUCCCCCCAGAUGGCCUGGGAGGUGCCCCCCUCAGGGAUGACCGUGUUAGCACCGUGGGAUCCCAACUACCAGGCUAAAGCAGGACCGCGGCUGGUGUGGGGGCCCAGCUGUGCGUCUGGCGCCUCCUUCUCAGGCCGGACCUUGUGUCAUCCCUCAUGGUGGCCGAUGUAUGAGGCAGCCUCGGGCCGGGACCUCAGGUCCCUGGCCCCUGCAACAGGACAUCAGAAUGGAGAGCAUUCGCCCAGAGAUGCAGGGUUCCCGGUGAUGUGCAGGGAAGAUGUCUUUCUUUCAGACCCUCUGCUGCCACGUGGGCAGCGUGUUCCCCUGUACCUGUCAGAGGCCUCUCAGCAGGUGAUGGGCUCUCUGAAACUGCUGCUCCCACCUCCUAUCAUGUCUCCCUGGGUGCUCCGCACCCCAUCCCCUGGCUGCUCUACUGUCUGGCUCAGUGGGCCUGAGUUCAUCGCCCUCACUGGCCUCCUGCAGAUGAGCCAGGGGGCUCCUAGACCUGUGGCUUCGGAGGCUCCUACGCCCCCUGCUGGGCCCCCAGACCCUGUAUCUGACCAAGGAGGCCCCAGUGGUGGUCCCAGCUGUUCUCACUGCACUGACCCAUCUGCCCCUCAAACCCCGGACACCCAUUGAACAUAGCCCUUCUGGGUGCAGAAUGGGUCCCCUACUCCCCGAGACAGGUUCUGUUGAAAUAAAAGUGUUGGUUUGCAAA